AUGAAUCGUUUACAACCCGAGGGUCAUCAUGCGCAGGCUCCGCAUGGGCCCUAUGAUUCCUCAUGGCGUGGGCCAUCAUACCCUCCCCCCGGCCCUUCACCCUACGACCAUCAAGACCCACGCCGUCAAACACAACCUCCCCCAUCACCAUUUGGCCCGAUUCCGAACCGCGAGUUACCCCAGCUCCCACUAGAUGGACCUUAUGGACGCCCGAAUAGCAUCUCAAAUGGUCCCCCAAAUGGCCACCCAGGUCAUCCAAAUGGCCAUCCACCGGGCCAUCCAAGUAGCCACCCAGCUGCUCACCCAGCUGCUCACCCAAAUGGUCAUCCAAACGGCCAUCCAAGCGGUCAUCCAAACGGUCAUCCAAACGGCCAUCCGAAUGGACUUCCAAAUGGUGUACCACUACCAGGACCCCCGCACCAUGGUCCUCCAGAGUCUGUUUCCAUAAAUACCGGCUUUCGCCAACCGAUGGUUGGAUCCCCGCAUGAAUCUUCACCGCAAUCCGCUCCACCGGAAUAUCGCUCGCGUAUGAGUUACCAAUCGAAUGAAACACCCAUCCCAAAUGAAUCAACUCCACCCAUCUCUGGACCGCCCCACACUUCCCACUACGUUUCACCGUCGGCACAGGCUCCAGUUAAUGGACAAUAUUCGUAUGAGCCAGGUUACUCACAGAAUCCUGCGUAUGGAGCACGCCAGCAGCAACAGCAGCAGCAGCAGCAGCGUAAAGCGGCUCGUGCAACACAAGAUAAGGGAGCUCAAAGCAUCAUUGAUAGAUUGGAUAAACAUCACUUUAAGCAGGUGGAAACCUUGGAUAGCCAUUCUCACCAAAUUGCUAUAUCGGAAGCAAAGGCGCAUGACAGAUUUGCUUUAGCGGAAACAAACGCGGAUGCCAGAUUCGAAAAGUUGAAGGAAAUGCUUGAAAACCUUGACAGCAAUGUGACAAAACUUCUCAUGGGCACCAGUCCCAUGCCUAAGGCGGGGAUCUCACCAGAGAUACUUGAAAAGGCCCUCAAAAUCGAACCUCUGCCAAAAUCGCAGAUCGGUGACGAGAAGGCAUCUUUUCCAGCGCCAAGUUCAUCUUUCUCAGCACCAGCGCUAGUACCGCCAGUGACGGCCGAGGAACCGGCCUCUGCUGAUGAUGCGAAAAGGGAAGAAGGUAACGAGGGAAUGGGCGAAUUGUCGAUUCCUGUGGAACACACGACUGCGGCACACAAGCUUUUAAUGUGGCCUUCCAUUCAAAAUCUCCUCAGUCCUCACAUGUAUGACCCGGAUUAUGUGAUGGUCUUGGAAGAGCAGCGUGGCCUUAUCAGUAUCUAUGGACAAGGCGAGAACUCAUACACGGCUGAUGAUACACUACUGCCUUCGGAACUUAACAAAUAUGGCAAUGAUCAAGUGACGUCCGAUGGCAUAUCUAAACUUAUUGGCGAGCAUGCGUCGUCGAGUGAUGAAGGCGCAGAAAUUGACCGAUUCGGUUUUUUAAACCUGGACGCGUUGACCGCUCGUCGCUACUACCGCAUCUACCUUAACAGCCUACACAAACUUCAUCCUUUCCUCGACACGAAGGUGUUGACACCUCAAGUCGAAGAAUUCAUUCGGAUCUAUUGUCCCCGACUUUCUGACCCGAUUCCAACGAAUACUAUGUGCCAGGAAAACCCAGGUGCAAAACGAAAACGUCCCUACUAUGAUACAGAGGGUGUACGGGGUGCCUCUAUUGACCCUGCUACCACCAGUUCCCGGCCCCGUGUUGGGAAAAACAUCGAUAACGCCAUCGUUCUGUUGAUUUUUGCCCUUGGAUCCAUCUGUGAACACGCCUCGCCUCUACCGGGGCCCAUCACAGGGGAACGUAUCAAUUACCUUGACCAGUUUAUCCCUCCUGCCCCCGAACCUUUGCCACCACCCAAACCGAAUGCCAAACUGUCAAGUUCCUUUGGGGCCUAUUCACCAGCUAGCUCAGAUGCACCCAUCACACCUGCCCUGUAUGCGAACUGCUACCAGCCCCCGGGCAAAAACCAAUCAGUCCCCAUGUACCAGGAACCAGUCCCGUUAGUCCGCGACAGAUUUAACCUUUCAAGACGAGAAAUUUCUUCUUCCUAUGAUGAGUUUUCCCAUGCCAAGAAUCUUCAGGUCAUUCCGGGACUGGCUCUCUACGGAUACGCGACACAAAUUCUGGGACCCUUGCAAGGAGGAGUGGAAUUGGAACACGUUCACGCCGGGUUGCUCGCUGGUCUCUACGCUGGUCAAUUGGCUCAUCCAUUCCAAAGUCACGGCUGGAUUUGCCAGGCUGCUCGUGCUUGUCAAGUUCUUGUGCGACAAAAACGAUAUGAAAGGCUCGGGGAAGAAAGUCAUGCUAAGGACCUCUACAAUUUUGCCUACUGGACUUGUCUACAACUCGAGAGUGAUCUUCUUGCGGAGCUUGACAUUCCUGCCAGCGGGAUCUCACGAUCGGAGGGUCGGAUGAUACUACCCAAGGGAGAGCACACAAAAGAAGCGCCUGAGCCAUCUACGCCACCAGACCACAUGAUAAUGUUUUACUACUCGGCGCAAAUCCAUCUCCGCAAAGUCCUCAACCGCGUCCACACUGAUCUGUACAAAGUUGAAAAGCCCGGUCAAAAGCGGUGGUCGUCAAAUGUGCAAAAAACUCUCAGUCUCAACCUCGAUCUUUGGCGUGACAGCCUCCCAACAAUGAUGGGUUGGGAGGAUGAAGAUCCACCAGCCACGGAAAUCAAUGCCGCUCGCAUGAGGGCGAAGUAUUAUGGUGCUCGGUAUAUUAUUCACAGACCUCUUUUAUAUCAUGCACUCCACUACGGGAAUUAUGGUGCGCGCGUGGAAACGGGUACUGCGGGUCCUGCGGGAACUGCUACGGAUUCUCCCUCAAGCUCUGUAAACACCCAAGGAGCGCAGCAUAUGUCACCAUCCGUGACGCAAAACCCACGAUCCCAACCCAUGGCACGCAUCAUGAGUGAUAUCGCCAGUACGCCAAAUAACACGAACCCUUUCCCUAAUGGUUGGAAUCCACCCCAGGAAGGGGCCUUUGAUCUUACUCAGCAACUCCGCAUCGCCUGUAAGACUUGCAUCGAGUCUGCAAUCAGGAGCACGGAGGCUUUCGAUGGUCUUAAUGAACGUCUCGUAGUGACUAACAUCUUUGGAACUGCUCAUGCGCAAUUCGGUAACAUGCUUGUCCUAUCAGCGACUUACAUGUCCCGUCUCAAAGACCUCGUCGAUAAAGAAAAACUAGAGCAACUUCUUCGACGAACAGUGGAUUUCUUGUUGCGCAAUGUCAACAUUUCGCCAACGCUCCGAGCUGAUGCCAAAAUUUUGACGCAGAUUUAUGAGAAGAUCUUUGGCCCAGGCAGCUUCGUGCGUAAUGUGCCGUCAAGGCCACCCGUACACCAGCUGUACAAAUGA